AAUACUUACCUUCAAUUUUUGCAAUCAUCAAAAAUUACAAAAAUGAAAAUUUGGAUAGUGGUAAUAAAGUUUAUAAGUGUAGUUCCAUUGCUUUUAAUGGCACAAAACUAUCCAGAAGACUAUCUUAAAGUUCACAACGAUGCACGUGCAAGUGUUGGAGUCCAUCCAUUGGAGUGGAACAACAAAAUGGAAGAUCUUGCUCGUGCAUUCGUGAAUGAUCGCGCUGAAAGCUGUAAACUAAACCCAACUGGUUGGAGUAAGGUAUAUGGCCGAAUUUCUAUACAAAAUUCGCGACCUAUUACUGGAGCAGAUGCUGUGGCUCGUUGGUUGAAAACGAAAAAUAAAUAUAAUUACAAAUCCAACUCUUGUACUGAUAAGAAGAAUUAUACUUGCGUUCCUUAUGUUCAAAUUGUUUGGGGUGGAACUAUUGCGCUAGGUUGCGCCAGAGUCAGAUGUUAUGAUAUUAAAAAAGAAGAAGAAGCAGCAGAAGAUGAGGAGGAGAAAGUGAAAGAGUUCUGAAUUAUGCACAUAAGGUGUACUUCAACGAAUUUUGGGUGUAUUUCUUAAAUCAUUGGGUGUAAUUUUGUAAUCCUUUUGGUGUAUUUCUGUAAUCCUUUGGGUGUAUUUCUAUAAUCGUUUGGGUGAAUUCCUAUAACCGUUUGGGUGUAUUUUUGUAAUCCUUUGGGUGUAUUUCUGUAAUC